AUUUAUUGGAUUCAAUUCAAUCCGCAGACAACAGUCGUUUUGAAAUUUAAUACAAUAUUUAUAAUAUUACAAUGUUUUUAUCAUUUUUACCGUGUGGAAAGUAGCAGGAUCUUUUCGGUCUAUGUCCUAAAUGUCUUAGAUUGGCAAAUUAAAUGGAAGAAUACGAAGAAGAAGAUGAGUUACAAUUGUUAGAAGUACAUGAGAUUUUUCAUCGUCUUGCACCAAGGCUAGGCACGCAUUCUGAUCCAUUAUACCUUAUUUUGGGCGGCGGAUAUAACUAUGAUUCGUCGUCGGGUGAAGAAAAUACUGAGGAAAACGAACCACUAGACCUUGACUCAUCUAAAGUUGAAGGAGAAAAUACCCAAAUUUCUAGUUCCAAAUUUCAGAAGAAAAUUGAUAAGAAAUAUUUUAACGUUUGUCAGGAAGUCAAAAGACGUGAAACUGGUAUAAACAGAAAGGGACAUCCUUCUCCAGGGCUUACAGAACCUGAAAAGGCAAACUUAUUUUCAAGAUAUUUACCCAAUUCAGUAAAGCAAAUUGUUAGACACGGUGCCAAAGUAUUUUGUGGAAACUUUUCUCAGGAUGGCUCUGUUUUCAUGAGUGCAAGUCAAGAUUGUCACAUAAAAUUAUAUGACACAACAGGUGUAUAUUUGAAAGAGUUUCAGGAUGUCGUAGCUUUAAAUGUUGGCUGGAGUAUAAUCGAUACCGCAUAUAGUCACGACCAGAGGCAUCUAAUCUAUUCAAGUUGGUCAUCAAAUCUAUACCUCUGCGAUAUCGCUGGCGAGGCUGGGAAAUCUCAAAUAGCAUUAGAUAUGAGGCCUAGCACUCACAGUUUUUGCGCGUUCUCGAUCAAAUUUUCUCAAGAUGAUAACGAGAUCUUGACUGGAUCUAAUGAUGGCUGUCUGUACAUCUAUGACAGAAGUAAAGCAAAGAGAACUUUGAGAAUCAUCGGUCAUGAUGAUGACGUAAAUUCCGUUUGUUUUUGUGACAACACAUCUCAAUUGCUGUUCUCUGUCUCUGACGAUGGUUUGUGCAAGGCGUGGGAUAGGCGUGCUUUAAAUGAAAGUCAUCCUAGAGCAGUGGGAAUGUUUGCCGGUCAUGCAUGUGGUAUUGCUUGUGUUGACACCAAGGGAGACGGACGUUAUCUUCUUACCAGCAGUAAAGAUCAAACUAUUAAACUCUGGGAUAUGAGAAAAUUUUCCAACGAAGAAAGUGUGAAAGCUUGCAGACGAAUGGUUGAAAAACACCAAAAUUGGGAUUACAGAUGGGAAGAUAUGCCUAGAAAAUUUAAGAAAAAUUACAAAAUUGAGGGAGAUGUUUCCGUCAUGACUUAUCGUGGUCACUCGUUAUUGAGAUGUCUCAGCCGUGCGCAUUUUUCACCUCUGGAAACUACCGGACAGCGCUACAUUUACACAGGAAGCGCCAACGGCUGCAUCUAUAUUUAUGAUCUUCACACAGGCGAUAUAGAGCAAAUCAUAUCGGGACAUAACAACAUAGUUCGUGAUGUAUCUUGGCAUCCUACAAAACCUUACAUCAUUAGCUCUUCUUGGGAUAGCACAGUUAAAUGCUGGCACUACUCGCGAUCGACGAGAGAGAAGAAUAUGACCAACAAGAAAUUGAAAAGGUGAAAAAAUGCAAGAAAAGACUUACGACUAUAACUUUUCAACACUGACGUUUCAUUAGGGUUUCUAUAUCAAUAAUAGUCGAAUGAUAAAUUAAAGUCAUUAUUUGGGAAUGUUUAUUUUACAAUUUAUAUCGCCAAUAUAAUUUGCUGAGUUAAUUACAUUAGUUCAAAAGCA